AGCAUCAUUAAUCAGUUUCCCCCCAAUCCGAAGAGAAAAGAUUUCCAAUUUCCCACCUUUUCCCCUCCCAUCCCCCCCAGUUGGGUUUAUGUGCCCUAGCUUCCGCGAGAGGUAGGGAAAUGGCUUCUUCCAGAACAAUAAUGGAUCUGUUCCACCCCGCAAAACGCUUGAAAAACCUCUCCUCUUCUUCUCCCCAAUCUCCCUUCCUAUCCCCUUCCGCUUCCCCCAAACCCUCACCACCACUCCCCACUGCAAAAUCCCUCUCUUCUUCCUCCUCUCCCCACUCAACCCCCCUCACAAAAGACCAGAAAUCACGCAUCGAACACAACCAACUGCAAGCCAAGGCCAAGCGAAACCUCAGAAUCUGCAUCAACAGAGUAAAAAAAACCACUUCUGAAGAACUGGGUUUCGUCGAUCUUGACCAACUGUUGGUCGAGGAGACUUGGGUUGAGGCCUUACGAGAAGAGUUUGAAAAGCCCUACGUCAGGAACUUGAGCGAUUUCGUACGAACCGAGGUGUCCGGUGGGAUACCCAUAUACCCACCUCAGCAUUUGAUCUUCAAUGCUUUGAACACAACCCCGUUUGAUAGAGUGAAGGCCGUGAUCAUCGGGCAGGACCCGUAUCACGGGCCGGGUCAGGCAAUGGGGUUAUCAUUUUCUGUCCCACAAGGGGUUAAAGUGCCUUCUAGCUUAGCGAACAUGUACAAGGAGCUGGAGAAGGACUUGGGUUGCUCGAUUCCGUCUCACGGGAAUUUGGAGAAAUGGGCUGUGCAGGGUGUUCUGCUGUUGAAUGCUGUACUCACUGUUAGGCAGCACCAGGCGAAUUCCCACUCGAAGGGGGGGUGGGAGCAGUUUACUGAUGCUGUGAUUAAGGCGAUUUCCGUGAAGAGGAAGGGUGUUGUGUUUCUCUUGUGGGGAAACUAUGCGCAGGCGAAGUUGAAGUUGAUUGAUGAGACGAAGCACCAUGUUCUUAAAGCGGCUCAUCCUUCUGGGUUGUCUGCGAACCGAGGUUUCUUUGGAUGCAAGCAUUUUUCUCGCACUAAUGGGAUCUUGGAGCAAAUGGGUAUUCCUCCAAUAGAUUGGCAAUUGUAAUUUAGGGUUGUUGCGAGGCAGGAGAGUGAUUUUUUGUGGUAGACCUUUUGUUGCUGUUUUGCAGUGUAUUUAAGGCUUCUCGAGACCGAUUUCAUCAGGUCCACAACCUUAUUUUGUCCCAGUGCAUGAUCUUGGAUAUUCUGUGUUAGGAGUUUGCUUCUAUUGCUACUGGUUGAUAUGGUAUUUGUGUGGGGCUUCUUUUGUGGUGUUCUGAUGGUGUGGAUGUUUGGGCCCUCACAUGGUUUGUAAUCCCUGUUGAUAUUUAUGAAGUUCUUCUGUUUAUUGGAAAAA